UCCAUCGUAAUCAAAAAUAUGCUACGUUUCCCGAUUGAAGUAUCACAAAUUCCAUCGUAGCAGAUUCGGAGUGAAAAAAUCAUUUACGAUUUUCGAAGUUCGUAUAAAUUGGUAUCACUGAAUUCGAAUGGAAUGGAAUGAAAACAACUUUUUCCCCGUUAAAUAAUUUGUGUCGGACGCUGAAAGAAAACGUUUAUUUUAAGGAAAAAUGGCAAAAACGACAAACAAGGCGCAAUAUGAAAGGCUCUAUGAGCUAAUGAGCGAAAGAGCAGAUCUGGCGCAAGGCUACACAAAACUGCCAAAAGAAGAAGUACAAAACUUCUGGGAAAAAGUCAAAGGCGAACUGAAUAGUCUUGGGCCACCUCUAAAAGAUGCCUCAAUAUGGAGAAAAGUAUGGUUUGAUUGGAAGUCCUAUAUUAAAAGGAAGCUUGUUUACAACAAAAAAGAAACAAAAGCAACUGGUGGUGGGGAGUAUAGGCAGCAUUCCUUCUCAAAACUUGAAGAAGCUGUUAUAGAGCUCACGGGACUAAAAACAUCAACAGCAGGAAUCAAGAACACUCAUUCUUUUGGAACUGAGAUCACUCGCCAGUGUCCCGAGGUUGAAACCAAUACGCAAACGGAGAAGCAAAGUCCUGAUAAUACGGCCGAGCUCAUAGAUGUUUCUAUGACAUCCGAUGGAGGAGUACAUCUGGAAAACGUCCCUCGAAAAGUUGAAGAUUCGGCAAAUCUUUUGAGGCAGCAGAUAGAACUCCAAAAAAGUUUUUAUGCAAAAACUGAAAAGUUUUAUGAAAGCCAAUCAAAAUUGGCAGAAGAUGUGGUGUAUAACACUAAACGGGUGUAUAGAGCUCUGGAUAAGCUUUCUGAUAUAAAAGAGAGACAAGUUGCCGAAACAAUCAGACACAAUAAAGUGCAAGAAAAGCUCCUUGAGCAAAAAUUCGAUGUCAACCUAGAUGAUUUAGACUAAAAAAACACGGAGAAAAUAUUUUUAAGAAAAGUUCUAUUUAUUUAUUGUUACUUGCAUAAAUUAAUUGAAUUCAAUUUGUGUACUGUUUUUUUUUGUUUUAAAUAAAUUAAGUUAUCGUAUGUGUGGUUUUCUUUUUAUUUUUCAUAAUUUAUUGAACAUAUGUAUUUUUAAUGUUAUCUCUCAUAAUUUGUGCUGCAUUCCGGCGAGUAUUUGUCUCUUCUCCGUUUGUAUUCUCUGGAACAACUUCCUGCUCUUCCAACUCAGGUAGAUUAAUGUUUGUAUAGUCUUCUACUCGAUAUGUAAUGCAAAUGUUAUGUAACGCACAAACAACGUUUAUAAUCUGCGCAGCUUUGCUUGGACUAUAAUGAAGUUGACGUGCACCCAAGAUGCACCUAAAUCUAUUUUUUAAAACUCCAAUAGUCCUUUCUACAGCGUUGCGAGUUUUGCUGUGU